UACAGUGAAUUCUCUCCAUUCCUCAAAAGUCUCAAAACUUUCUUCCGGGAAAAAAAAAAAAAAAACCUCAAAGCUUUUCAUCAUUUCUCUAACAGGAGAUGGAUCUGCGAAGCUCGUAUUCACUUUUCUCUCGGACUGUCUGAGAGAGAGAGACAAUUUUCCGAGAUUUUCAGUUUCAUCCGAAACUCCAACAAAUUUGGAGAAAUGGUGGCGGAAAGCACCUCGGAAGGCGGCGGCGGGUUUGAUAGGACCAACAACAAGAACCGUGAGUCCGAGGUUGUCUUGAAUGUCUAUGAUCUCACCCCCAUUAACGGUUACACCUACUGGUUCGGAUUCGGAAUCUUUCACUCCGGCAUUGAAGUCCAUGGUAAGGAGUAUGGUUUUGGAGCCCAUGAUUUCCCUGCUAGUGGAGUUUUUGAAGUGGAACCAAGGAACUGCCCAGGUUACAUUUACAGAUGCUCCAUCUCCCUCGGCUGGAUAAACAUGUCAUCCAAUGAAUUCCGAACAUUUAUUGAGAGUGUCGCUUCGGAGUAUAAUGGGGAUACCUAUCACCUCCUCUCCAAGAAUUGCAACCAUUUUACAGAUGACAUUUCGUGGAGAUUGACAGGAAAAAGGAUCCCUGGGUGGGUGAAUCGGCUUGCCCGGCUAGGGACUUUAUGCAGUUGUUUGCUGCCUGAAAGCUUUCAGGUAUCAACAGUUAAACAGCUGCCAGAAUACCACGAAGUUUCUGAAGAUGGUAGUGAGUCUUUAUCGAGCACCCCUCCUCGUCAUUCGGCAGAAAUCGAUGACGAUCAAGAGAAGCGCCUGCUGUCACCGCUAGCUAGAAGUGGGGAUACGGCUUUUGUUAGUAAGGUCGCAGGUGAAAAGUGCUCUUCUAAAACUGGGAAGAAAACCACAAUGUGAAAUAUUCGUUGCCAAUCUUUGUUAAUCUACAUGGACGAAAAGAAGCUGCUCCAAUUUUGGAAAGAAAAUUUGUCUUUGGAUUUGAGUUCAUUUGUAUCUGUAAGUGUUUUUUUAUUUAAUUUCUUAAUUUUUUGAAUCAUUUGUCAUUUAGGCCUUUUCAUAUUUGUAUCUUAUGUCUCCU